GAUCAUUACCGUCUCUGCAGUUAUGGCGCAGCAGAAGGCUUUCUGUUCUGUAGAUUGCGACGCUGUCAUAAGCAAUACACUCGACACCGAACCGCGAGAGCGUCGUGAGACAGUGUACGCUCAAAUCAACCCAGUGACGUUCGUCGAGUUUGCUCCUUCCAGAGAGACAAGGGAAUCCGAACACAUUGCGCUCAAAGAGCACUCCUCUCCAAGCGCUGUCAGAGGUAAACUAACUAAUAAUCGUUCACCGACGACCGUGAAGUCUGGGCCAGGAAAACGUCGGAACGGCGGCGUUAUCCAGUAUGCUGACGUUGACUUCUCUUCAUCUUCGUACUCCAUAACGUCUCCAGACAAAAGUAAAGAUCCACCCAAUAGGACGUUAACAAUGUUGGAGGUGGCAGGAGCAGUCAAGAGCGACAACUAUGAAAACCUGCUUCGCCGAGUUCCAGUUCAGUCGUCCCCGACUUCCGGCCGGUCGAUUCCAUGUACGUUGUCACCUCCUCAUACUCCUGUUGCCACUUUGAAGUUUUUGGGGAAGGCAAAAGAGGGAAGAGACGAUUAUGAACAGUUCGUUUUAGGAAGCAGGACUCCGACAAAGGCUGAAACAGCCGAUUUAGACGAGGUUUUCGAAAGUAGAGUUACUCUGGAGUCUUCACAAGAGGUGGAGACUGAUGGAUCUGCUAUUAGCCGUGAUGAUGAUUCUCAGAACAGAGUUUCUUCCUCUUCUCCGGUUGCAGACGGUUCGUUGUAUUCUCGUCGAGCUUUGCCUCCUCGGCCUCCUCUGAAAAAAGCUAAGUCUGACCCAAAUCUCAUUUCUUGCAAGGCUGCAACUUUACUAGGACUCACUGAACAAGAUUUGGUUGAUAUGAAGUCAGACGGUGCCUCGCCAAGUCCAGAAUCAAUAGCAGAUUGUGGAUGUGCAAUAAAACCAAGAGAUACAGAGUACAGAAGAGAUCUUACGGGGUUACACAACUCCUACUCUUUCUUAUCAGAAGAUAAUAUUUUUCAUUUGUCAUACUUGGGCUCACAAUCAGUUGAGAGAACUUAUGGUGUUCUUGGAGAAGUAGCUGAUCAGAUGAUAAAGCAGUCUAAAGAUACAGGAGUGGAGAUGACUGUUAUUCUAAGUCCCUUAAAGUUAGAGGUUCGACCUGGUGUGGACAAGGAGGGUCUGACUUUUUCCACUAAACAGAUUGAGGGUAUUGAUGCUGGUGAAGUGGCUGGUAUUCUUGCGGUAGGAUUUGUUGUGGUGACUGAUGAAGCUGCAAUGUGCCAUGUGUUCAGUGCCAAAGAGGAAAACAGAGCCUUACAGAUGUGUCGACAAGUAUCUGCUCUAUUUCAUUCUGAUCAUGAUGUGGAAGAAAAUACUACUGCAGACGAAAUGCCAGACAACAAGUUUUGCUGCAGAUACAUGGGCAUGACUAUUGCUUCACAACCACAGGGAGUUCUGUUUGAGUGCAUUGACACCCUCCUUCAUAAUAGAGAUCCCAUCCAAUCGGUACAUGUUCAGAUGUCUGUGAACAAGUUGGCUAUCGUAUGUAAACUGAAAGACUUAUCCACGGAUGUCUGCAAUCAUAAUCCAGAAAAUGUGAAGGCAAUUGACGUCUUUGAAUUGGACAGUCGCGUAUUUGGCUACAUCCUUGACACUCAAUCUGGAUACGAAUGCCAUUGUUUCCGAUCUUCCUCACCAUCUGUAGCAACCAAAAUAGCAAGAACACUUCGUAUUGCUGUACAGGAGGCAUUCAGAAUGAAAAACAACUUCACAGAGCCUAUCAAGAAAGGAGAGAAUGGAUCGUUGGGGAAAUUUGUUUCUCGUCUGAGACGUUGGAGAAGCAGUUAUGUUGCAAAAAAACAGAUAACAUUACACCCAACAUCACGUAGCUACUUUUACACAAGCCUUAGUACAGAUUCAUGUCCUCUGCAGGAAGACACAUGUGCCAUAGACUGUUUACAGAGUCGGGAGAGAUGUUCAACCAGCAGCUUCUUUGUAGAUUUGGAAGGAUCAUUGCCAAACAGGGGGCUUUCCACGAGCAUGCCCAGUUCAAGUGACAAUAACCUUAGCUCACCCAUCAAAUCACAAACAUAUACAGCUAUCUAUGUUGGAUCAGCAACAGCUGAACUUCCUGCUAGUGGCCAGAUGGUGAUAGACCUAUUGCUGAAGAUGGAGACGGAAGGUGCAGCAGCAGGACUAUCGGGAGAUGGCAAGACAAUCAUUCAAAUCAAACUCUCACCACAGGCAGUUACUCUAAUAGAUGCUAAUGAAAAGGCAUUUUUCCGAAGAUACUACUCUAAAGGAGCGUUAGCUGGGCUUGCCCGGCACAGUCACGAAAAGGACAUAAUCGGUAUGUGGACACAGUCAAAGAGGCCGCCGGCGGUUACUAAGUGUCACAUCUUCAAAAAGGCCAUGCAUAACAUGACAAGUAUAGUCCAGGCAUUCGAACAGAACUUUGAUCUCAAGUGUGAUUAGCAUUAGGUAGUUCUGUGUGACUGAGCUAUCAUCCAUCCAUAAUCUUAGAUUCUAUGUGUAGUUUCUACACCUAACAAGUAUUGUUUAGCAAGAAGUAGGUUAACAAGAACAGAUAGUCUAUCCUGUGUUUGUGUUCUAUUUGUGGAAAUCUGAUCAGAAUUAGUUUCUAUUAUUUUAUUCUAAUGUGGUGCUGCCA